AGGAAAAGGCAAACAUGAGCACAAUGGAAAGUUUUAAAUUCUUAGCUUCGUCACUCCAGAACCGGACUCAAUGGUACACUGUACCGGAUCGUACCGAAAUGAACCUACCCCUUCCGUACCGAAUUCGAUUAGAACGAUUGGAUGUGGAUGUGCAUGCGAAACCAACUGAGAAACCAUCAGAAUCAAGUCCCAUGACAACAUGUGACUCUUGAAUCUUUUUAUUGUUCUUUGAAACCGUCAAAUGUUGCUCUAAGAGCAUUGCAAUGGGCUGCAUAUACACAAAGGCAAAAAAUUACCCAAGGGAACCAGCAGCUCACGUGGCAAUAAGAACUGGGUGCCGGUUUCUUGAGAAACAAAAGGAUAAAAUUACAGGUGUGGUAUUUUGCUUAACGACAACAAACGAUACUGAAAUGUAUAAGAGACUUCUUCCACUCUAUUUUCCGCUUGAUAAGAAGGAAGAAGAGAUUGCUAUUUCUAAGCUUCCUGCUGAUGUUGGAGAUGAAAACGGUGAAACAGUUAUUGACGAAAGAAAAAUCAGGAUAAAACCACUACCAAAUGUCAAAAAUACAUUUCCUAAAAUUCCCCGAGCUUCGUUAGAUGUUCCUGUUGGUGAUCAAGGUUUGGCUAGACAAUUAGUGACCUGUAAAACUCAUAAUAUUAGGGGUUCUGGGGUAGACAGUUGAUGUAUAA